UUUGACAGUCUGUACCGGAAGUGGAGUCUCCAGUUAAGCUAGCCUGACGCCUCUGGAGGAGUUGAUGGAAGUGAAUCGUCCUAGAGAAAAGUUACAGUCUGGAAGUUUUCCGCGUCACUUUCUCCGUGUCACCAUGCGAGUCCGCGCGCUUUCUCUGUGACCGUGAACAGCGAGACAGGCGUCUCCAUGAUGACCAACCUCAAUACUUAACUCAAACAACAAGGAGCAACAAGAAGGAAAGUCUUUCUAAAAUUCAACAACAAGACAAAAACCGCCCAUGGUUUCUCCAACUGCCGUCAAAGCUGUCACCGCCAUGGCGUGUUCCUCUGCGGUGUCGAUGUGGGCACUCGCCUUCAGUCUGUCCUUCGGCCUGUCCGAGUGUCACUUCUCGGUUCCGCUCAGGAUACACCCGGGAAAGUACAACCUCUCCGCGCGCGUGAACGUCAGCCAGCUCCACAGAGUGGCGUUGAAGCCCGAUGGAAGCGGCCUCUCCUUCGCCUCUGACCCCACCGGCACCGUCAACUUUCUGGACAUGGUCGGCAACCUGCAGGGAGACUCGGGGAGGGGGUACUACAUAGAAAUGUUGGUCGGGACUCCCGGUCAAAAGCUGAACAUCCUACUGGAUACCGGCAGCAGCAACUUUGCCAUCGCUGCCGCUCCACACCCGUACAUUACUCACUACUUCAACACUGACCUGUCCAGCUCCUUCCAGGCCCUCGACCGUUCUGUGGCUGUCAGGUACACACAAGGCAACUGGGAAGGCGAACUAGGCAUCGACAACGUCUCCAUCCCCAAAGGCCCAAAUGGAACCAUCACUGUUAACAUUGCUGCCAUUCUGUCUUCUGAUGGCUUCUUCCUGCUCGGAAUCAACUGGCAGGGAAUCCUGGGAAUGGCCUAUCCCGCCCUGGCACGGCCGGAUUCAUCUGUGGAGCCUUUCUUCAACUCUGUGGUAAAACAGCUGGGAAUUCCAGAUGUCUUUUCCCUCCAGAUGUGUGGAGCAGGACUGUCAGGAAGCAGCACAGCAGACCUUCCAGGCGGCAGUCUUAUAAUGGGUGGGGCUGAACCGACGCUGUAUCGAGGGUCGGUGUGGUACACCCCCAUUGUAGAGGAGUGGUACUACCAGGUGGAGGUUCUGAAGCUGGAGGUCGGUGACCAAAAUCUCAAUCUGGACUGCAAAGAGUAUAACAUGGAUAAAGCUAUAGUUGACAGCGGGACCACGAUGCUGCGACUUCCUGUCAAGGUCUUCAAUGCGGUGGUGGAAGCCAUCACGCGCAGCUCUCUGAUCCAAGAGUUUUCUUCGGGCUUCUGGGAAGGCACCAAGCUCGCGUGCUGGAUGAAGGGGGAGACCCCCUGGAGGUUUUUCCCCAAGCUGUCCAUAUACCUUAGAGCCACCAACACCAGCCAGUCCUUCCGCAUUACCAUCCUGCCUCAGCUGUACAUCCAGCCAAUCACAGACGAGGAAAGUAUGCUCGAUUGCUUCCGCUUUGGAGUGUCUUCUUCUGCUAACGGGCUGGUGAUUGGUGCCACGGUCAUGGAGGGCUUCUAUGUGGUUUUUGAUCGCGCUCACAAGAGGCUGGGUUUCGCUCUAAGCAGCUGUGCAGUGAACGGUGACGUGGCUCUGUCAGAGAUCGCAGGACCGUUCUCGGCGGCAGAUGUGGCAGCAGACUGCUCCAGCGGGGUGCCGAAGGAGCCUCUCCUGUGGGUGAUCUCCUACGCCCUAAUGGCGGUCUGCGCCGUGAUCCUCGUCAUCCUGCUGCUCCUGCUGCUGCUGCCCUGCCGGCGCCGGGGCCGCUUCGGGGAGAUCACAGACGAGUCCUCGCUGGUCCGACACCGGAUCAAAUGACUGAGAGGAGCCAGACGAGUGAGCGCGGCGCACAGGGAGGGGGGACAGCAGGGGGGACGCGGUGAAGGGGACGGCACUCGCCCACCGUGACCUCCACUGACCUCACUCUGCCCUCAUCGCUUUGGCCUUUGGGACUCCUCCGCCCUCUAAAGGGAAUAUUCUCCCUGAAACCUCUGCCUGAACUCGUUCCAGCUUCUGUCUCAUCUGGAGUUGGGAUCAAAGAAUAGAGGAACACUGAACGCUGAGAAGAAGCUGCAACGUGACCAUAACGUUCAGACUAUGACAACUUUUUUUAAGUGUUUUUUUUUUUUUAAAACACUAAAAGGAGGAACAGCUUUGCUCUCCUUUUGAGUCUACUGUGGGUUUGUAAGAGCGUUGUGAAUUUCCAGGACUUUUCUGUCCUUUAAAAAAAAAAAAAGUUCAACCAAACCAGGAAAUCAAAGAAAAGAAUAUGAAGACUACAGUCCAACAAAAUGGACCAAAGUACAGAGGACCAUCGUAAGUGUAAGUGAACAAAACAUUGCAAAGCUUUUAUUGUUAGUCUUAUUUGUGAUGUAAUUGUUGAAUUAUUUGGCCUGUUGAGACUCUGAGAAGGAAAAGCUACUUAUUUAACCAGCCUUUUGGGAAAAGUUGCACAGGAUUACGACACCUUAAAGGCCUUUUUCUCUCAAAACAGAUCAACAGUUUCUGCAGGUCGAGCUUCUCUUUGCAGAAUUGCACUUUUUUGUUGUUUUUUGAAGUCGACGGAUCAAUAUUUCUGUUUUCUAAGUUUUCUGAACCUGUACACUUUCAGCUUUAUAUUUAAAUUUGUUUAGCUGUUCUUGUGGUAUUUAUGCACUGCACAGUUUAUGCAACGCAGACACUUCCUCUGUGAAUCUGAAGUCUAGACGAGAGUUUGAGUUACUGUAAACGCUGCACUGUCUUCGGCACGGAGACGGUCCGGCUCUGGAGAGGAAAGCAUGAAUCCCGCCGCACACUAAUACUGUUGUACAAACUAGUUUAUAUGAAGGUACGCUUGACUGUAUGAAUGUAUGUUUCUUUUGUUUUUGUGCCAAAAUUGAAGUAGUCCUGUAAAUAAAUGAACUUAAAUGGAUGAAAUCAAUCAAUAAAUCUUUUUUGGAAUCAGCAGGA